UCUGGGGACCGCGCGAGGCCUCGUUUUCCCGAACCCCGGCGGUCGGUGACGCGAGUGGGUAGUUGGCCGAACGGGCGCAGGGCGAAAGUGCCAGCCGGAGUGGCGGCCGGCGUGCGCAUCGCCGCGGGAGAGAGGCGCGGCACUUGGAUGUGGCCACAUCAUGUUUGAACUAUCUUGGGGCUGAGUUAACGGAGUUUUGUCCUCCUUGUGAAGAAUUCUAAUUUGGCAAGUGGAUUAAAAUCAUCUCAUGAGGAAUUACUUGCCAAAGCAUCAAUGUUUAUCCUGAAGAAGAGAAAACGAAGGAGUCUGUGUCUCCAAUAUUUGAAAAACUCAUUUGGAAGUGGAAGAAGACUUCAUCUAUGUUGCCUUAAAGGAAGAUCUUACAGCGUGAAAGGGAAGCAAUGCAGAAAUCAGAGUGCCACGGAGGCGUUCAGCUGAGAAACAGAGGGGCAGAUAACUGUGAUCAAAGGACAUCAUCGAGCAUACAAAUAAAACAUAGGACUACAGUUCAACAAGGCAAAUCCUCAUCAUCAACCAGUUCUCCAGAGUCCGCAAGAAAAUUUCAUCCUCGACCAAGUGAUAAACUUAACCCUAAGACAAUUAACCCGUUUGGUGAACAGUCCCGAGCCCCUUCUGCAUUUGCGGCUAUUUACUCUAAAGGAGGUAUUCCUUGCAGAUUGGUCCAUGGUUCAGUGAAACACAGAUUGCAGUGGGAAUGUCCUCCUGAAAAUCUUCCAUUUGAUCCUCUUCUUAUUACUUUAGCAGAGGGUUUGAGAGAGACUAAACAUCCAUACACCUUCGUGUCAAAGGAGGGAUUUAGAGAAUUACUUUUGGUCCAGGGAGCUCCUGAAAAAGCUGUGCCUUUGCUUCCAAGACUGGUUCCUGUGCUAAAGGCGGCUCUGGUACACUUGGAUGAUGACGUGUUUGCAAGAGGUCUGAAUGCUCUCGUGCAGCUAAGUGUCGUCGUUGGUCCUUCUCUGAAUGACCAUCUGAAACAUCUGCUGACAAGUCUUUCCAAGAGACUGAGGGAUAAGAAAUUCAAAGAGCCCAUCACCAGUGCAUUACAGAAGCUAGAGCAGCAUGGUGGGAGUGGAAGCCUUAUCAUCAUCAAAUCUAAAAUUCCAACAUAUUGUUCCAUAUGCUGUUGAAGAAAGGAGCCCACAAAAAUCUCCUUACUUCCUGGUGACAGGUGUGAAAUGCUGGCCAUGGGCACCUAUGGUACCUUUUCAGAUUCACUUCAGGUUGUUCUUUUGUAAAUCACAGCCACCAUUCAUUCCUUACUAGUUUAAGAUGAGUAAACCUAGUUCCACUGAAUCAUAAUAAAAGUUACUCAUCAACAAGAAAGAAUGGUCAGUGAUGGGGAGUUGUUCAAAACAGUUCUACAGUAGUAUAAUUUUGUGGGGUCAGUUUUUCAUAUAUUUACAGCUUAGUGCAAACAACCAUUACUGGGUUUAUAGUAGAUGCAUUUGUAUUUAUUUUCUAAUGCUUUGUAUUAAUAAUAUCCCUUUCACACUCAGUUUGUAGCUGUGUGCUUAUUUUUAGACAUUUUGUCAUUUUGUCAUUUAUCAAAGCUAUGGAAAUUUAAAGUAUGGAUAAACAUUUGUGAGUUCAGUUUUAAUUAUUGUCUGUACAUAUGCAUCUUAUGAUGUAGAAUCCUUGGAAAAAGUACAUGCCAGAAUAUUCUAGUUUAAGAAUUUUUUUUUACAUGUGUAAAUUCUCUUGUAAGUAUGUUGUUUAUUACAACUUAUUAAAACUGCCUAAACUUUAGGUGUUGGGUUUUAUUUAAGUAAAUGUCAUCUUUGUAUCCCGUAGUCUGAAAAUACUGAAGAUACUCAUGUCAUGAAGAUCUUCAGAAAUUAAAAUCUGAGAACAUUUAAAUGCA